UGCACGCUGUGAUCCGCUCCUUGUAUAAGGCGGUUCAGGGCCGGGCGAGAGGAACACAAUAGCUACCACGUUGUCGAUCAAACGGCCCCCUUAUCGUUAAACGAUAGGUGGGAAAUAGAGACCACAGUGUGUUCCACAGUUACCGUUCAGAGAGCAGGACCGAAGGCGGUGCUGGCUCUUUCGGGACGACGGGAGGGCUCUCGCGGCGUGUUGUUCGGAUUCAAACAGGUGUCUCGCGCUCUCCCAUCAGGAGCAGGUAGUGGAGCAACAGAGAUCCGCCCGCGAGGAGGCACCACAGGUUCUUUCUGAUUUCGACGCAUUCCUCGUUGGUCGAUACAUUUUCGGGAUUUUUUGUUAUUUAUUUUUUCAUUACCUAAGACUAACGGGACAAGGAACUCAUAAUUAGGACAAAAGCAUAAGAUUAUCCAAGCGACAUAGCAUUUUACCACCUCCCAGCCCCCGACCCCGACAGGUGGGAAGAGAGCUUUGGGACACACCCCCCCCCCACUCGCUUCUUCUCUUUCCCCAGCGGAGGAGACGAGGCGGUGACUGACAUCCCCACGGGACGGCCCGACAGACCAUUCUGUUAACAGGUGUGUGCGUGUGUGAGGGGCACACCGCACACUACCUCCUACCAGCGACUCAUUGUUCUUCAUCGAGCCCUUUGAUAGUCCCACUCACCCGCCGGUGCGCGAGAGCAGUGAUGGAGCAAGCGUUUAAUUUGAAUUUCAUUUAAAAACACGGAUGCAAAAUUUAGAACGUUUGGGUAAUUUUUUUUUUUUUUUUUGGGCUUUGCUUGACGAGGAGGAUACGACCCGAGUCGAUUGAAGAGCUCAGGGAUUUUGUAUAGGCUAACGACCAACAUUCAAAUUGGUCUCAUCUGGACCGACCAAACAAAGUAGACAUUUGUUUACGGCGGUUAGCUUUGAGCAUUUAUCAUGACGACCAGGAGACCCGCCGUGAAUCCGGCGGGGACCUCCGACAACCAGCAAAGCCAGAAUCCCAAAACCCCCAGCCCCGACAACGGUGUGUCUGUGUCUGAUGCAGCCGGGGCAGGGGUCGAGAUGUUCCAGGAAUGGUGCCUCCGGACCUACGGCGACUCCGGCAAAACCAAGACCGUCACUCGCCGUAAAUACAACAAAAUCAUCCAGACCCUGAAGCACCUCGAGGACGACCACCGAGGCUGGAUCUUCCGCGAGAAGAGCACCAUCAACGCCAAAUUCAAAUUCUGGGUCAAGUCGAAGGGCUUCCAAGUGGGGUCGCUGCAGGAGGGGGUCGGCGGCUCCCCGGACAGAGCCGUGCUCUUCGUGCCCAUCAAGGCUACGUGUAUAGAUGGUGCACCCGGGUCAGACCCGUCUCUGAAGCGCGUGGCCAUUGUGGAGGACUUCUUUGACAUCAUCUACGCCAUGCACGUGGACAUCACUUCAGAUCCUGGGAAGAGCCCUAAACACGCCGGGCAGAAGAAGACCUACAGAGCUAUAGCAGAGACCUAUGCGUUUCUGCCCAGGGAGGCAGUGACCCGCUUCCUGAUGAGCUGUGGAGAGUGUCAGAAGAGAAUGCACAUCACCACCACCGGUCUGGAGUCGAAAGAGAACGACCGGCCGACGUCCCUCGCUCCGGACAUGAUCGACUACAACAUGCCGCUGACCACAGCCUACCUGAAACACAUGGAGCUACAGUGUGGGAGCCACAUGGACAAGGAUGACAGCUUGCUAAGCAGUGAGGAGGAGGACGAGAUGAGUGAGUCCACGUGGCUUGCGGCCGACCCGGGGCCAGCAGACAGGAUGAGCCACAGUCCCCACCGCGCACACAGCAAAGACGAGGACGAUGACUCAUCUUCAGAGAGUGGCAGCGGGAACGGCCUCCCUGCCUUGACCCCGCCCUCCUCCGCCAUAAAUGACAGCUCGGUUGUCAGGGCGAUGGAAGUCGUUAACGGCAACGGCGGCCCCGCCCCGCUGGACUUCAGCACGCCCACGUCCUCCUCUUGCUCGUCGGAGGACCAGCAGCCAAUCAACCUCAGCGACCCCCCCGCCCCGCGAGCGGCGCCACAGCCGCCCGCCAACCACCUGCCCCUGACGGUGUCCGCCGCCGCCGCCGCUCUGCUGGGCGCCCUCCACCCGGACGCGCCCGAGGAGCUCCGCAGGAAGUACCCCCUGGCCAACAAGCCCGGCCUGGCCCCGCUGACGCACGCGCACUCCAACCACACGCACGGCACGCGCACGCCGCACACGCACGCGCACGUGGCCGACCUGCGACUGGACCGCGACGGCCGGGACUACGGGGGGAAGUCUCCCCAGUACAGCUCCAGAGGCAGCUACGACAGCGUGAAGACGGAGCUGUGCGCCGAGGACUUGACGAUGGGGCGCCAUGGCAACCAGGUGGCCCCCAACGACGACGACGACGACGACCAUGACGACCACGAGGACAGCGACAAGAUCAACGACGGCGAGGGGGUGGACCCCGAGCGGCUGAAGGCCUUCAACAUGUUUGUUCGGCUGUUUGUGGACGAGAACCUGGACCGCAUGGUCCCCAUAUCCAAACAGCCCAAGGAGAAGAUCCAGGCCAUCAUCGAGUCCUGCAGCCGCCAGUUCCCAGAGUUCCAGGAACGGGCGCGCAAGCGAAUCCGCACCUACCUCAAAUCCUGCCGUCGCAUGAAGAAGAACGGGAUGGAGACUCGCCCCACACCCCCACACCUCACCUCGGCCAUGGCGGAGAACAUCCUGGCGGCCGCCUGCGAGAGUGAAUCACGGAAGGCUGCCAAGAGGAUGCGUCUGGAGGCCUAUCACGACGAGCAGAGCAUCCUGGACAAGCCGGCCGGCGGCAGCGCAGGGCUCCGGGAACCCGCCUCUCUGACUAGCUCCGCCUCCAUGGCUAACUCCGCCUUCUCCCUCGCCGCUUCGGCCUUCGCCUCCCAGGACGCCCAGCUCUAUAUCAACGGGGCGGGCUACGGUUACCGUGGAUACGCCAGCCUGGGUACCACCAUGCCCCACCCUGUAUCCCUGAUGACCAGCACUGCUACUCAGAGCAACGGUCCUACUGACCUCAGCAUGAAACCCGUGGCCUCCAGCCUCACUUCCUCCUCCAGCGCCUCCACCCAUAACAGCUUAGCUGUACGGGCCAAUGGAGGGGGAGGAGGAGGAGGAGGAGCGGGCGGGGCUUCCACCCAGCUCAGCCAACCAGAGAUCACGGCUGUGCGUCAGCUGAUCGCCGGAUACAGGGAGUCUGCCGCCUUCCUGCUGCGGUCGGCAGAUGAACUGGAGAACUUGAUUCUGCAGCAAAACUGACCCACACACGCGCACACACACACACACACACAUGCACACACACCUCUACUCCCUACGGGUUCGUUUUGUGACCUUUAUAUUGUCGGUCCGUCUGUCUGUCUGUCUCCCAAUGCUCCCUCUUUGUCCUCAAUGAUGAACGUACGAUACGUCCACCCCACACUCCUCCUAAAGCCCUCGUUUUGAGGAGGAGAGGCAAAGGGACCGAAGGAGAGCACUUGGGAGGGCAUCCAACUCCUUCCCUCUCUUCUUCCUCUCUCUUGCCCCAAGGGUUAGGGUUAGGGUUGACCCUAGGCCCCUUAACCCUGGUCAGGGUACGGUCAGCUUCUCACAAUCAAACCCUUCGCCGGGACAAGACAUUUAAAGGAAGAAGAAGAGGAGAGAGAAAGGAGAGGGGAGGAGGAGAGUGAAACCACAGCCUGCAGGGAUAUUGGGCCUGCUACUACUGUGUACUUUCUGAACGACGACACUGCCCCCGUGUGGCUCGUAACAGGCGCUUAGGAAUCAGGAUCACGUUCCUGCAGAGGGUAUUUUGGAUUGAAUGGGGCCGUCCCGUACCUCUCGUCUUAAUAUCACAAGGCGAGAGAAAGGACCCCCCCCCCCCCAGAAUGGGUACUACUAAAAAAAACGGUUUGUUUAACGACCUGUGUUUUUUUGUUUUUGAACGUUUUCAUUUGUGAUUUUUUUCUUUUGGUAGCCCGGUGAACAUUUCAGUUUAGGUUUGACUCCUGCAGCGACUGGAGGCCAGGCAGUUGAGCUUAUCUUCUCCAUCUAAAAGAUAGCACUCACUCCACAAAGGCCCCCCCGGCCCUGCUUUGAGCAGGCCGAAGCUCAAGGACAAAACCUGGAAACGAAAAGAGAACGGAUCUUUCGGUUGGUAAAAAAAGAGGACUGUUUUGGGGGCUUUUUGUUGCUUGUAAAUAAGCUCUCUGUGUCCUAUAGCACUUUUACUUUCCCAAACAACUCACCUUAAACCUUUCCCUCAAAUCUACCCAACGGGCCUUUUUUUUUAACCCAGGGAGGAACUUGCUUACUUAUGCAUCCAAGACGCCAUGUUGACCGCCAGGAAAUACCUCAGACCACGUCUGCCAACUCCCUCUUCAAGUACGCACACACACGUACAUACCGACAAACGGCCCAGGUAUAGCGUGACCUUUCAACCCGAUACAACUUAACUCUUAACACCGCCUGUUGUCUUUUGAAGGAUACUUUUCAUUGGAACAAAAAACGACCGCACAAAAAAACUAACGUCAAAAAGAGAUGGCAUUUCAACAACCGGUCUUUGAACCUUAAACGUCUUUAAAAUACUUUUUGUUUGUGCAAGCUCACUUGCUUGCGGCUGUAUAUAACGAGUCCGUCCCUUCCGGAAAUUACUUCUGGAGAUCUGGACUCAGAAGAACUAAAACUAAGUGGGUUUUUGUAGAAGAAAGACUUUCUCCUGGAAGGGGACAACCUGCUUUCUGGUGGCUUCUUUACCACCCACUUUUACUUUUCUAAAAAGUUUUUGUUUUAAUGCCGACAAAACCUCAUCAACACCGUUUAACAUGUAUCUCUCUCUAUCUCUCUCUUUCUCUCUCCCUUGCUUUAUUCCUGUCGCUCUAUCUCUAGUUUCUCAGGGAGGGGACCCCCAGUCCCCUCUCGCCUUCCCUGGACCUAUCCCAUCCCUUUCCCCUGGACCUAAACCCUCUCUUACCUCCUCCUCGUGGUUCUCCCUUGUCCGACUGUUUGGUACAGUAACAGUUCAGAACAAUUCAGUUCAGGUGUUUUGGUCUGUGUCUGUCUGACUUUAUUAGGUGUCCAUUCCUAUUAUUAUUAUUGUUAUUAGAAUCCUUAUCCCUGCAAUGAUUAUAAUGAAGAACCUUCUUGUUGCUGCUGCUAUUCAACAGAACUGGACCUUUCGCCAUAGACCUGAAACCUCAAGCAAGCAGGGCGUUUGUUAGCCAAAACCCAACCAACCGAUCAACCUCCUCCAAAACUCAAGCUCGACCUCAGAACCAAUGGUACAAAGCAAAAAAGAAAUCAGACACACAAACACACACAGGCCUCCUUUACUGUCAUUUAAAGAACACAAACUCCUGUUGUCUGAGCAGUUAGUUUACCUUUGGGUAUUGUUUGUGUUUUUACUUUCUGAACGGUGAUUCUCUGUUUGUAGGGAGUGUUUCUCUUGUAAUUUCUCUGUGUUUCUGACCGUCCAAGAGCAGGGCUUACAACCCAGACCACCUCCAGUGGUGUUAUUUGACUCAAUGGGGAACACAAUCUAAUCAUACAUCGCCACCAAUGAAAAGUAAAAUCGGGAUUCUCCACAUUCACGAUUACAUAGCAGGACGCUUACAGGCUGCGGUGAUUUAAAAGUGAAUAUUCUUGACUGUGUAUACAUUCGAUAAUGAAUUCAUGGGUGAUGUGGAGGACUUGCUGCCAUCUUAAUAAUGUAGGAUUCUAAUUGGACAGGGCUGUCCCUCUGGUGUUCUGAGUCCAGAGCAUUCAGUCUAAUUGUAGUCACUCUCUUUCUGGUUGGCUGUGUUUUUGAUUUGCCCUUUAACACUAUCUUAACUUUGUUGGCGGGUUGUUGGGCUGUUUCGUGGGUGGACAUCAGUGAAGAGGGCUCUCAUGAUCCCAGCAGGACCUGAGUGUGUUUUUGGUUCCGUCUCCCCAUGCGUCAGUUUAUUAGUGUUGUUCAAAAAGAAAUAGGAGUUCAAAUGAGUAAAAAAGAGAAGAAUAAUGAUCAAAUGAGACCUGCUUUCCCCAAUAGGCUGUUCCUGUUUAACUGUGCAUCAUCUACUUUCACUUUACUUAGUUGGGCUGGUCCUUGCGUCACAGUAAACCUCACAGGAUACACAGUCAUCUGUGAUUCUGGGGGUG